CCCAAGUUCUACUAUCAAGUUUCAUGUUUUGUUUCUAAUGUAUAUCCUAUGUUUUAUGUAAGAAAUGUCUCAGUACUUUUUAAAUAUUAGACUUUAUUCUUUUUAAUCUAGAAAUUCUACAAGCCCGACUAGCGAUCCUUUGUGUUUCGAAGUUUGCAGUUCACACAGUUCCGAACAUUGUCCCAGUUCUGAGAAAGAUUCUUGCCACUCUGAUGACAUUAAAAAGACAUCUUCAGAUGACAUCGUUAGAGAAUCACAAACUCAUUUGCUUUCAACAAAAGACUGUGAAAAUGCUGAUGAAGAAAUUGCUUGGAGUGAAGAGGAACUGUUAAAUGAAUCUCUUGUGGAAACUGCUUUAGUCGACAAUUCCAUUGUUAAUUCAACAGAAAAUUCUUCUGCAAUUCAAAGUAGUAAUGCAACAGUUGAAAGUCCUAGGGUUCAAAAUGAUCCCAAAGAUUCUGAUCAAUCGAGCUGCCAGAAAACGUGCUUAAGCAAAAAGAGAACUCCUUCUAAAACUCAGAAGGUAAUUUGUUCAGAAAACGCAUCUUCCGUUUCAGAAGAUAUGGAUUUAUCUGAUACUGAUAUUGAUGAGAUACUCUCUCAGUUACAUGAAACAGAUUUUGUCGUGUCUAACAUGUCUCUAAGUAGCACGAAUGUCAACUCUGAAACACCUCCUCUGGACUCUGUUGCUUUAGACCUGCAACAAUGCCAUAACAAUCGAGUAACAAGAUCAAUGAUUAAAAAGACAAAUGUACAAGUUUUAGACAAUUCAGAUCAAGUUAAUCAAAGGUCUUUAACAAAAAAUAUUAAGAACAGAACUAAUGGAUGUGAUACGAUGCUAAGGAAAGUGUACUUCCUUAGAAAUUUGACUGUGCCACAAACAGAAACUAGGGUCAUUACUAAGGCAUCGGUUCCAGUUAGCAACAAUGCCCAGCAACACAAUUUGUCUACUAAACGUGGUGAAGACCUGUUUGAUGAUUCAGAAAUUACUGAUGAAUUGCUGGUCGAUAUCUACGAAGACAUGUUCAAGGAUGACAUGAAAGCUGAUAACGGCACUGUUGUUAACCAAAUCUCUGAACAAAAUGUACUGAAAACGAAGAAUCGAAUAUGUUCCAAAGAAGAGAUUGAAAGAAAAAAAUUAGAAGCCUUAAAAAGACGAAAUUAUAGAUCAAAGACUAGAAGAAAAUGAAUUAGCUAAAAUCUAUACUAAAUUUUUUAUUUAUUUUGUGUGUGUGUGUGUACGUGUGUGCUCAUGCGUGCAGUCUGACAUGCAUAAAUUGAGAUUACUUAAAACUAUAACCAUAAAGAGUUAUUUGUUAUGUUAAGCUCUCACCCCUUACUUGUUGAUCUUUUCCAUUUCUUUGUUAUUCACAUUAAAGUGUUUUGAAUUUUCUUUUUACUUUCUCCUCUUCUCGCCCUCUCUCUCUCUCUCUCCCCCUCUUUCUCUCUCUUUCUCUCGUGGAAAAAUCAAAAAUUAAGAUGAAAAUUUCAAAAUUCAUCUUUUCAAGUCAGCCAGGAAUGAAGCUGCUAUCAAUGGUACAUAACCACACUAAAUGCUAAUCUGUAAUUACUUCUAGAAAGAAAAAGAGAAAUGUUUUUUGGUACAGCUGCACAGGUGUAGACGUAUGGUAAGCAGCUUGCUUCCCAAUCACAUUGUUCUGGGUUCAGUCCCACUGUGUAGCAUCUUGAGCUAGUGUCUUCACCUAUAGCCUAAGGCUGACCAAGACCUCAGUGAAUUUGGAAGACGGAAACUGAAAGAAAGCCAUUGUUUGUGUGUGUAAGAAGCUUGCUUUGUAACUACAUGGUUCCAGUUACAGUCUUACUGUGUGGUACCUUUGGCAAGUGUCUUCUACAUUAGCUCCAGGCUGAUCAAAGCCUUCUGAGUCGAUCUGGUAGAUGGAAACGGAAAGAAUCCCAUUGUGUGUGUGUAAAAGAAGCUCGCUUCCCAACCACAUGGUUCUGGUUUCAGUCCCACUGCAUGGCACUUUAGUCUAGUGUCUAAAGACUGAAGCAAGCAAAUAAUCAGAUAUUGUUGUCAAAUGCUGCCAAAGGUGGAUGGCAUAAUCAAAUACUAUGUAUGUACUAUUGGGACCAGGAUGCCUGAGUGAUAUUUAAUGAAUAUAAUAAAUUGCUAAUAACCCACUCUAAUAUCUAACCUUCAGCUUUAUCACUGUCGACAUUGCACAGGUAUUUCAAGCUAGGCACCAUGCUUGUCUACUUGCCGUUCUGGAAAGACCUGUAAAGUUCAUAGCAUUACCUUUUCACGUUCCUUCACUGAAUUCUGUAACGAUAUGGGUGCCAGUUUAUUAUGCAUCUACUUGGCCAUUUACUUUGUAACUUGCAGUCAAACCCUGACCCCUAACACAAAUCCAGUCAUUUCCCUGUGUAGACUACAUUAACUGCAUGCUAAAGUAGCACCCAAUAAUAUCUAUGUUGAUCAUGUGUUACUAUUACUGUGUUUUAUAUAUAUAUAUAUAUAUAUAUAUAUAUAUAUAUAUAUAUA